AUGGAUUGCAAACAUCAUACUUCCCGAAUCUUCGAUACCAUAACCUCAAAAUCUUUCUUUCAAAGCAGCGAUGAGGAAGUCUUGCGCCUCAUCCUCGAUCAGUUCUCUCCAGAACUCGAACGUCUCAAGCGGGCAACCUCUAUCCCCAACAAGCUUGCCAUCAAGCCCACAACACCGUCGCCUCCCAGAUUCUGUAUGGACUUGACUAUGAUGAAGUCAACCCGACACUUGUGGGCAUACUUUCUCGCCGAUGGUUGCAUAAUCGGGAUUAUCAAACCUUUGUGGGAUCGCAAGAAGAAAUUGUCAAGCUGUCAAAAGCGUCGUUCGAGUGGUUGUGUGAACUUUUCGAAGAAGGAAUUACUUCUGACACCGACCUCGACUACCUCGUAACCUCGAUGGUCAUAAAUGACCUCGGGAAAGACCCCCAACUAGCCAAGGACUACGAAGCCCAGACUGGCGAGGACACCACUGGUUCAAACCAUGAUAUGAUCCUUCACAAAGCUGUGGGUUCCGGCCUUGUGGGCUGUCUAGAUCGUCUGAGCAACGCGAAUAGGCUGGAUGUUGUCCGAAGUCUCGAAUUGGGAGCCGAGUUCAAUUUUGGUCAACUGGCCCAAGCAGAAAACGUCCUUGAAUCUCUAUCGGGGCUUCUGGGUUUCAAGCAGAAUGAUCGCAUGUUCGAGUUUCGGUUCAUGGAGCAGAUUCUUGAUCUUUCGGGUGCUGCUGGACAUACGGAUUGGACAUGUGCGAAGAAGACGAACGAGCCAAUCUUCCAAGCCUAUCAGAAGGUUUUUGAUGUUGCCAAUUGUGUAAUAUAUGGUAAGCUUGGAUUGCGACCAGCAUACGAUCUCAUAUUGAUCCGUCGUGCUGAGUUGCUUCAUGGAGUAGGAUUUCGGAAGCUCGAUGUUGGUGAUGUUCAUGAUAGGGCGUUGAUGCGAUUUCUUUGCAUGGGUGGAGUUGUAGACUUGACAACCGCAAUCUUUACAACAAGGCAUGGCUCGCUAUUGAUAGGAAUAUCAGAGAGGAUCUGGUUGCAAGGCUCAAUCUAGACGGGCGAGCGUGGCAGACCGGCUGUGCAAGCAACAUACUUUCCUGCCCUCCUCAGCAAAGCAUUGGAUAGCGUUCGUUCGACCACCGAUGAAGAUAGGAUAGAAACACUGCAGAGUUGCCUUCGAUAUUUGCGACGUGUGCUUCAGAUAGAUGAGCCCAUCGAGGACGAUCAUAUUGUUGUGGUCAAACGGGAUCUCUUGCGCGUAGUGAAUGAUGUUGACCCUACUGUUCCCGAUAUACUGGAUAGUGUUCGUGUGCCGGAAUGGGAAGUAGCAAAGCUUUGGAAGUUCAUAUAA